AUGCUGAGGACAAGGGUCCCACAGUUCUGCCUCCACCCCCAGCCCAGCUGCCCUAUGCCUGGCAAAGCUGAGCAGCCCCCCUGUGUCUGUGGGACAGCCAAGGGGGACACUGAGGGGGACAGAGGCUGUUGGCAGGAGAGGGGGAGCAGAGAGGGACAGAGCUGCCAUCAGCUCUGGGAUGCUCCAGUCUCUGAGCCAGGAGAGCAGGAGGGACGAACAGGACUGCUGGGAGGGAAAUCAAGUGGCAGCUGCCAGAGGGACCCCAGGAAGCUCAGUGGGGAUGCAUCACAACCCCCAUUGAAUGGCAGCAGCCUGGCCAUGGUGGAGGAGACUGCAGCCCCCCUCAAGUGCCCCGGUUCUGCCCCAGAGCUGCCCCUCACAGCAGACAGCCCCAUGGGCAACCCCAGCCAGGAGUGGAAAGUGGUGAAGAUCCAACGGGUCCUUAUCAACCCUGACUUUGAGCCAAGGAAGACAGGUCUCUCCCGCAGUGCCAGCCUCUCGGAGAAGGAGCUGAAGGAGGCGAAGGUGCGGAGCCAGAAGAUCGCGGCUCAGCUCACCACGGCGCCCGGCCCCAGCUCCAAGGGUGUCCUGCUGUUCCACCGGCGCAGACAGCGCGUUGAGGGGCUCACAGGGAGCGGGCAUGGCGGGGGGCUGCCGCUGAGCCCUGCGCCCCAGCCUCGCCAGGGGGUCAUGGAGGAGAGCCAGGGGCAGGGUAUGAAGCCAGGGCCUGGCCAGCCUGUCAAUCCAGAAGGGAUGCUGGCAAACGCCUCCCCGUGCCAGGAGCUUCCUGCUGAGGCCCAGCAGGUCCCACUCAGCGUUUACCUGAAGGAGAACAUGGCAUCAGCUGCCACCAAUAGCAUCGGCGUGCAGGAGCAGGCGGCCAGUAGGGUGGAGGGGCUCGGAAUUGCAGGAGCCCCUGCAGAGCCAAACACGGCAGCGCUUGUCCUGCCACAGAGCCCCGAGGAGGGGAAGAACGUCAAAGUGCCCAGCGAGGUGCCCUGUGAGGUGCCCAGCGAGGUGCCCAGUGCACCAGCGGGGACAGCCACAGGGAUGGCAUCCCCAGCUGGGCAGCAGCAGAACGGGACACAAGGCCGGCAGUACUACGAGGUCCAUCUCACCCUGGCCAAGCCCAAGCCUGUGAAGAACCGGACGGCCAGACCCUUUGGCACCCAGGCAUCCCCCGCCAGCGCCCAGCCAGCCGAGGAACCCCCUGCCCCCGAGCUGCCCCCACCACCAACCUAUGCAGAGACCCUCAGCAGCCCCCCACCCCUCACCCGUGUCCGCUCCCCGCCUGCCUACUCGGCCCUGUACCCCACCCAGGAGCAGAAGAUGCUGCCAGAUCCACUCUUGGGCUGCAGGGUGAGCGGACCAAACCCCUUGCCCAAAACAGGGAUCCUGGAGGAGUCGGCUGCCCGGAGAGCCAGCAGAAAGUCCAUGUUCACCUUCGUGGAGAAGCCGAAGCUGGGCCCCAAUCCCGACCUGCUGGACCUAGUUCAGAGUGCUGACAGCAGGAAGAAGCAGAAGGAGCAGAGGGAGCCCAGCGCCGAGGACGAGCCAUUUGCUCUCGGGGCUGAAGCUUCGAACUUUGUCCCCAGCAGUGCAGCCAGAGGUGUGCAGCACCUCCCACCAGCUGAGGAUGCUCCGGCAUGGUCCUCCUGCCUCAAGUCUCCCACCAUCCAGCCCAAGAAGAAGCCACAGCCCAGCCACAUCCUCACUGAAGCGAGAGGGAAGGGGGCUGAGCUCUUUGCCCGCCGACAAUCCAGGAUGGAGAAGUUCAUCAUUGAAGCCCCCUCCCAGCCCGAGCUGCUGCGGUCCCCAUCACCUACCAUGUCCCUGCCUCCCUCCUGGAAGUAUGACAACAAUGCUUACCUGUCACCUAUGGUCUCCAGACGCCCCUCCAAGAGUCCCUGCAGGCCCUCCAAAACCCCUCCUGCAUCACUGUAUGGCAGCAACCUAAUGGAGAAUGAGAUGUCCCAGAAGGAGCUGGAGAUCUCCAAGCACCAGCCUUACCAGCUCCAGUCUUCUCUCUUUAUCCUCUCCCCAUCCAAGGGGCCAACAAGGUCCAUGCCCCAGGAGGUGCCUCCACCCAGACCAUCUCUUCCCGACUCCUACCCCUAUCCCCAGCAAGCCUCCUGCCCGACAUCUCCGUUGCCUCCUUCCCCAGUUUGGCAUCCCCCAGUGGUGCCCAGUGCUGGCCAGACCACUGCCAGCCCCUUCCCCAGUGCUGCUGGGGCUCUGCCCCUGACUCAUGACAGUCAUGCCAGUCCUGGAGCCCCAGCUGAGGUGCUGCUGGCCUCCCCGUGCCGCCUGCUGCCCCCCCGGGCAAAGGCAGGUUUCCAAGCACCCCGGCCCUCCUACUCAACCAGGAAUGCCGGCAUCGAGCCGCAGGACAGGCGGUCGUCCCUCCCUGCAUCGCCCACCUGGACGCCCCGGCUGGCGCGGCGCCCGGGCAGCCUGGACGGCUGGGCCAGCCCGGCCUCGGUGCCCGAGUUGGAUGAGGGACCCCCCACGUCCCCUCCGUGGAGCGAGAGGUCCCUGUCCCCGCUGAGGCAGGACUCGGACCCCCGGGCCAGCCGGCAGAUGCAAGCGCGGCUCGCCAGGAACAUCAUCAACGCUGCCCGCAGGAAGAGCUCCUCUCCCAAAGCCGUGGGGCUGGAGAGCUCCCGGCCCUUCACCCCCAUCUCUGCCGGCCCCCGCAGCCUGCCCCAGUCGCCCCGGCUGGGGCCAAGGGCGCCGGCACUGCAGGCUGCCAGCAGCGUGCUGGGGAGCCUGGGCAGCCCCUCGCCCACCCACAAAAGCCCCUCGCUCUCGCCUCGGGCAGGCAGCCCCCAGUUCUGUGCUUCCCCCGGGAUGCCCCGAGCCGCCUGGGCAGAGGGUCGCCGGCUCCUGCUGCCAUCCGGCGCGUCUUGCUGCCCCGUGCCCAGGCUGUCCCCCAUCCCCAAGAGCCCCCUGCCAUCCCCCGUGGUGGGUGGGCGCUCCACAGCCAAGCGUUGCACCUCCCGGUCCCCGACGGACUCGGACGUCUCUCUCGACUCCGAAGACUCGGGGACCAAGAGCCCGGGAAUCCACAGCUUCAACCUCUGUCCCCGGGGCUGGACCAGCAGCCUGCGGCUGAAGACGGGGGGUCUGCCCUCAGGGGCUCCCUGCACCUCCUAG